AUGUCCUCGAUAACAGCAAUCUUGUUCGAAGCCACUAUCGGUUUGCUGGUCAACAAAGGUAGAGAUCAGGCCGCAGAGAUUCUGAAAGAUGGCGAUGUAACAGAUCAAAAAUUCCACUCCUUGAUCGUCCGUGAAAUAGACGACAUCAAGUCAAAGUUGGACGCGUUAUCAAAGAAAGAUUUAGAAGCGAGUAUCAGUUUCUUUGAGGAAGGAAUCGCGUUUUUGUAUGAAGUGUUUGACAUAGUAAAGUCUACAAACGAGCGUGGUGCGGCAACAGCACAAGCAGCUUGCGAUGAAGCAUUAUCUCUUGUUGAAGGAAUCAAAAGGUUAGAACUUACUGGCCUAGACGAGUCUGCUACAAGAAAGCUUUCCACUGCAAAGAAAAGAUUCGAAGAUGCUCGAAGGGAAGCAACGAGGGCCUUUAAAAACGAAGGCCUCAAAACAUCUGACCGCAUUCUGGCCAUGAAGUAUCGAGUAAUGGCAACGAUAUUGGAAACAGUAGACAAUCCCGCUGAUGCAGUGGCACCAUGUGGAGUGUGUGUAAAGGAACUUAACAGUCUGUCAGCAGUACAGAAGAGCUUUGACGUUCAGCUCAAGACAGGCAUUCAGAAAGUGAGGGGUUUAUUUGGUAUAGAGGAAAGAAGGGAAAUAAUUUCCAAUGUUUGUCAUGUGAAUCGCGUGAUCUUUGAUAUCGCGCUCGCAUUGGGAAGACUUGACUUCUGCCCAAGUGUUGAUAUUGGAGAAAAUAGAGUUAUUCCAUUGUGUGACAUGAGGGUAAAAGACGUUUUACUCAAGCAUGGUAAAGAGUAUUGUUGUGUUCCAUUACGGUCAUUAGGUCAGGAGGGUGAGGAGGAACACAAGCUGAAGAAACCGUGGCGUAUCGCUACAAACUCCAGCGGAGAAUUUAUUGUAACAGACUUGCAUUACGUGAAGGUGUUUGACAACAGCGGCAAUUUUGUGAAACAAUCGAGUCUCUCUACCGAUGAAGUAAAUGCAACAUGUGCUCGUGAAGUUGCCACAGACAUGAGCGACAACAUCUUCGUGCUAACCAGACUGGAGAAGCCUGGGAGAGAGUUAUCUUAUUGGGUUUAUAAACUUACUAAAACCGCUGACCUACAUCACAAGUUUCGUCUGAGGGGAGAGGGCUGGUACAACGGACUGUCAGUCAGUGAUAAAGGGAAUGUGGUGACCUUGCGGGACUGGUAUACAGUGGAGGAAUAUAACACUGAUGGAGAGUUUGUUCGCAGUUUUGGACAAGGAAUAAUAAGGUUUGCGUUUGCUGUCAUAGUUAUUAAUGAUGGCCGUACUAUGGUAGCAGAUCAAGCUGACCACUGUGUUCACAUAUUCGGUGAAUCCGGCGACUAUCUUGACAAGUUCAAACUGCAACGAAUUGACUAUGAUUACAAAAGCAUUACAUUUCACCGAGCAGGUGAACAAGUCGUCGUUGCUGGUUCUCGAGAGGAAAAACUCCUGCAGUUUGAAAUAUACAGUAAAGAUGGUGAGUUUGUGUACUGUGCAGAAAUCGCAAUUGAUGGUGAGAUCAUUUUUGUGAGAGGGAUAACGAUGACAACCAAGGGACGCAUUGCUUGUGUUGUGGAUGACAAGGUAUUCAUUUUUUGAAGAGGGUUGUAAAGGGGAGGUUCAAAAAGAAGAAAAAUUUGAUAAACAAUGUUAAGAUUCACAUUUCUUUAAAAGGAAAAAUUCACAGUUCACAUGGUCUUCAUUUCAUAUUGUUACAAGUCAUGAAAAGUAAAAAGUCACUUGUUUAAUCCUGCAUCAUCCAAAAGCCUCUCUUUGAACUGCUGGUUUUGAUGGUUUCUUGUUUUUCUAAAUUGUUCAGUUAUCUUUUUUGGCUGAAUUCAUUCGUAAGAAGUAGCUUAUUUCCAUAUUUCCUUUUUGACAUUGAAU